AUGGCAGGCGCGAACGGCAAUGGGCCGGUACCCGUGCCCAGCGGGCGCAUGGCCAACGGCCACGGGCAUGGAGGAGCCAACCUGCGCGAGAUGGGCUUCGGCGGCCCGCGCAGCCCGCCCAACAACAAGAACACCUCACACGUCCCCUGCAAAUUCUACCGGCAAGGCGCCUGCCAGGCGGGCAAGGCGUGUCCGUUCCUGCACUCGGACGAGCCGCUGACGGAGCGCGCGCCGUGCAAGUACUUCACCAAGGGUAACUGCAAGUUCGGCCACAAGUGCGCCCUCGCCCACAUCCUGCCCAACGGCCAUGUCGUCAACGGGCGCAACAUGGUCGGCCAGUUCGGCCGCAUGAACAUCCCCCACAACCCCGAGCCGCCCAUGAACAGCUCGCUGCUGACCAUGCAGGCACACAUGGCCCCGAUGCAGCCCGGCUACCCGUACCCCAUGCAGGACGAGCCCUACGCCUCGCAGAAGAGCCAGUACGACAUGAUCCCCACCAUCGACACCACCUUCUCCUCGCACCCGGGCUCCAACUACGGCUCGCCGCCCAACGAGAAUGGCCGCCUGCCCAUCUCGCCCAUCCAGAAGGGCCUCAGUGUCAUGGACGUGCCCCUCCCCGCCUCGUUCGACAGCCAGGGCAUCUCCCACAUCGCCCGCUACGGUGCCAUGGCCUCGUCCGUACCCGCCAAGUUCCUCGCCACUUCGCCACCCUCGUCGUACCACGCCGACUCGUCCGCCCUGCGCAAUCUCCACGACUCUGCCUUUGGCGACGGGUCUCGAAGUAGGGCUGCAGCCCUGGGGUCCUCUCCGCCAGAGUCGUUGGGGCAGCCAGUUGGUCGCAGGAUGCUGCACUCUGAGCUGGCCGCGAACCGCUCCAAGGGCACCAUGUCCUCCAGCGUUGGCGCGCGCCCGUCUUUCAAGGAUGAGGAGUGGGACGACACCGACAUGAUCGGCAAGUUCGAGGAAGACAUGCUGCCAAACUCGCUGAGCGACCUCCUUACUCCACAAGAGAAGAUGCGCCGCUUUUCCCGCGACCAAGGUGACAACGACGGCAACUCGCUCUCACAUCGUGCCUCGUUCUCUAGGUUGGGAGGAUCACCAACAACAUCGGAUAUGAAGGUAGGGUCGCCAAAUGGUUUCUCCGCAUCUCCGUCACGGUUCCAGUCACUCUGGGGCAAGUCGCGUCCCACGAAUGAUGCGGGGUACGAACCAAGCUCAUUGCCAGGAGCCUCCGCCUUUGGCCAUGUUGGCUCGCCGCUCCGUAAUUCGAGUCUGCACCCUGGAGCCAGUCCGUCGUUACGUGCUAUGAACAGGCCAACAUUUGGAGACACGAGCUCUUACCUGUCCUCGCCCCCUCGCCAAGCCUCGAUGGGCAUGAUCAGCCAGCAACUGCAGCGGACUCGCAUAUCGACCCCCCAAGAACCUAGUAUCACCAGCAACCCCGUCCACCCCGGUAUCAAUCGCGUUACCUCGGCCUCCAGCAUUGGAAGCGCCGGCGGACGUCUCGGUAUUGAUCGUGCGGUAAGCAGCAGUAGUAUCAGCCGCGAAAGGAUUGAGGAAGAGCAGGGCCUGUUCAGCAUGGAGGAAGAGGAGGACCUGGCAAAAAGCAAAGAUGGCGCGUCUACCACCUCCAGCACAAGCAACAAACGCCUCAGCGGUUUAUCCUGGGGCAGUGGUGGAAAGGGCAGCCCGAGUCUAGCCCCCGUUGGCGGCCAUCGCACUGCGGGAACCUCUGGUCUCGGACGUGGAGCUGGGCCGUGGGGAAGCAAUGCAUAG